AUGGCUACGACGUUCAGCGAAGAUGAACUCCAACCGAUAUCGAUCCCAGAGGCUAUCGAAUCCGUACAAAGGCUCAUUGGUGAGAUCGUUCGCAAGAACAAGACAUUGGUAGACUAUUACAUUCACCCCAAACCAACUCCUACCGAGAUCGAGGGAUAUCAUCCAAGACUACAGGUCUUGUACAGUAGAUGCGAGAUCCUUGCAGCACUUGAGAUACCUAAGCUGACGAUCCUGGUGGAUGACGCUGCCGCAUUGGUUUCAGCGUUUCUGUUGCCAGUCAUCGACCAAUUGCUCAAUGCUGUUCAUGGUGUCCAGCAGAUCUUCAUAAACCACUAUGAUCGCAAGCUGGAAUACAGAGAGCCGUAUAGUGCGGUAUACGAUGCUCUCGAAUAUCGUGAGAGGCAGUUGAAGAAGUUUCAAGGUGAUCAGAUGCGCAACCCUCAAAGGCGUCUGCCUGAAUCCCUAACUCCAGCGGCGCCAAGCGCUGCAGAGCAGAGCUUUUGUCGCUUCGCCGUGGCAUUCACGAAUCACCGUGACCAUGGCAAGCUUGCCCAUGUCCACCCAGAAGAGCUCUUUAAAGAGGAGAGAGAAAAAUUAUUGAACAGCGAUGGUGCAUACUUGUCCUGGGAUUGCCCAGGUUGUGCCUUCAAACUCAGGUAUCAUGUAGCCAACAGUCUUGCCGCUAAUAUACUGGCCACCGAUGAUGUGAGAAGCCAUACAAGUGUGCCCGAAGUGGAGUACAGGCCUUCUUUCCUUGUCAAAUGUCAUCUAUACCAGCGAAAAUCUGAGGAUACAGAUGACAACUUCACACAACACUCACGCAGGACGAGUGAUACGACUUUCGGAAACGAUUCCAGGAGGAGCACGACGUGGGAGAUCCCCAAACGGAGCAGCACAAUCAGGCGUCAGAGUGAUGCUCGUAAUCCUCGUGUCUCAAAUUCGUUCUUCUUCGGUGGGGCAAAAAAGACCAAGUUAGGACUGACAGAACGGUACGUACCUGUACGGGCGAAAUCGUCCACAUCUACAUCAAAAUAUGGGUGUCCGUUCUGUUUCGUGGUUGGAAAAGAGUAUGGUCACAUGGACUACGAACAUGGUCGCGAUCUAGCGGAACACAUUGCUGCCAAACACCACGUCGGCCGUGCGCCUUCAGCUCUCAUGCUCGAAAAGUACAUGGUUGGCUUGGACGGCCGUUGUGCAGAGAACGUGCGACGAUGGGAUCUGAACAUCAAGUCGAAGUGA